UUCUUGUCCUUGCAACACUCUUUACACCUUCUCAGCCGCUCCUUAUUCGAUCCUCCUUCGAUCAUUGACCUCGAAUCAGCGCCCAUACGUCAAUUGAUCUGUGCUCAAGCUGCGAUAUCUUCUAUCAAUAUCAGGAAUAUUCCGAAACUUAGGUUUCUUGUUUCGUUUCUAGAGGUCGUAUACUACAAAUAGUCUCGAAACAUCGAUAUCUUCACCAUGGGCCCAUCAUUGAACAACCACUCUUCUUUCGUCCGUCCACGGACUGGGGACCGCGAAGGCCGUCCUGGAACCCGCGAUCAGACGGAUCAGAACUUGAUCAUCCCAAGCAGAACAUCUUCUCUUCACUCCCGAAUCACCCAACCAAUUCCAUCUACCCUCGCCAUCAAGCCUCAACAGCGAACACCAAAGACUCUCACUCACGCGUAUAUGGUGUGUGGUGUUGGAAGAGAGCCGUCACAAUGGGUCAAGGCGCCAGCACCGGCACAAGGAAAGAUUGGACACAUGAAAGGGGCCGUUGGACAGUUUUGGCUACCCGAGAUUCUGGGAAGCAGUCCAAGAUUGGAGCAGGACAAUGAGAUUGCUCGUGCUCUUCACGCAGCAAUGAGGGCGUGUUUCCCCCACGAUGUUGAGAUCUGCACUGGACGCAGCCAGCCGCACUGUGUGCACCAUUCUUUCGUGCUACAGCAGGAUUCCUCGCAUACCCUUUACGGUAUUGCGCUCCGAGUUUGGUCGAGGGCAGAUGAAAAGCGUGCCGAGACAAUUCGAGAUCUCCGAAGGAGAACCGAAUCGGAUUUCUACGAUUCCCCUGAUGAGACUUAUUGGAUCCCGUACUGCUUGUCCUUCUUGUCCCGAUAUCCGUUGUACAAUCUUCUGGGUGACUACCUGAGAGGUAUGUGGAUCCACUGGAACAAGGCCACCAACCUCUUUCAUGCCGAGGAGGUUUCUCGCAUCCUCAGUUUCCCAGCACCAAGACUGAAUGAUCUUGUACGAAUUGACAUGAAGGAUUACGCACUUUGCUAUCAAUUCCCUUCUUCACCAACCGGAUUCCAGAACUUCGCCAUGUGGCCACUAUUUUCUUGUCUCUCUAUCCCAAAUAUCGUUGGUGUUAUAGAGGCAGCUCUCUCGCCAACUCGGCGUAUCAUCUUCGUCAGUCAUUAUCCUGCUAUGCUCACCGUGGCAGCUGAGACCAUUCGAUACUGUGUUCGUGUUUAUGAGUGGAGUGGCCUCUAUGUUCCAGUCGUACAUGCCAGACAUGCGAAGGAGCUGGUUCAGGAGCCUGGACCAUACAUUCUUGGUAUCACCGCUGAGUGUCGAACACUCUUCACUGCACCAACUGAUGCUUUGGUCGUGGAUCUUGACCGAAACUUUGUUUUGACUUCCAGCCCACCUACCGCACUCACCGCUGGUCAGCGCACAAAGAUGGUCAAUCGUAUGACCCAAGCUCUGAACGGUGAUGUUACACCUUCAGGAGUUCCACAGCAUCUCCGAUCGGCGUAUGGGGGAGGAAAACUGGUCCCGGCCGGCCAAAUCAUUGUGAUGCGGGGAGAGGUGGAGUCUAUCCAAGAUCCCGAGUGGUGGAAUCAAGACUCGGUGAUGGCAGUAAUGGAUCAUGUUUGCGAGAAGAUGGGAAGGAACACCGGCAUGAAGGCUGUUUUCGGUGGGGCUGUGAAGAAACCACUUAUGACCAAGGUGUCAAUGAGACAUCUGAAUGAGAUCGUUCGGGAGCGAAAUCAAUACUCCAGAGAUGCCUUGGAGGCAUGGCAAGACUUCAUUAACCUCAAGGGUCGUAUGGACACCGAACUCGGCAAAGUCACCAAGAGAAACAACUUCUUGGUCGAGGAGCUUGAGAGCUGGAAACAACAAUUCCUCAAAUUCCAGGCCUUCGCCGAACAACUCACCAAGGAGACUCAAGAUCUCAAGGUCAAGAUUGAGAACCACAAGCGUGAGAACAGGCGCCUUACCAGUCUCAUCGAUCAACAAAAGGAUGAUGCUGCUCGCCUCACCACCCGGUUGUCUGGAACUGAGAAGCAACGUGACGAUGCUCUCGAAGCUUUGGUUCUUCAACAAGAAAUUGCUGAGGAGCUUGAGCGUGAGAGAAAGCGCAACAAGAAGGAACUCUCCGCUUUACAACACACAAACGUCACCAUCCUUCGUCAACGUGACGAAGCUCAACGUGUUGUUCUCCACCUGCGUGCCCUGAUCAGCGGUCAAACUCACCAUAUGGAGCACAUUGUCCGAACCCUCGGCAAGAGCCCCGAAUUAGUCGAGUACAUCGAGGGUGGCUACGAUGAUGAGGCCGAGGACUUGGAGGACAUUGCUGAGGAGGGUAAGGAGAAUGGUGAAGAGAGCACUGCUUUGGUCGAACGUACUUCGUCACGAUCGAACAGAUACAGUAAGGUUCAUGGUGAAGACAUGACUCCAGAAAUGGAGGCACGUCUCACCAACGGUCUAAGGAACAGCAAGCGAUAUAGUCAGAUGAGCAUUGUAGAUGUCGCUGACCGUCACUUGAGAGACAAGACUGAUGCCAUUGCUCACAUCAUCCGCAACAUUAGCGAGCAGUGUGCUGCUGCUGUUGAGGGCCUUCAAUUGGCUCAUGAUGCUGAGGUCGAGGCUGAGGAACAAGCUUUGAAGGAAGCUCGUGGUCACCACCGAUCAAGCAACCUGUCGACUGCCACCGCCAGUGAUGAUGGACAAUCAAAUGGUGGAUCCGAAAAUGGGGACGACAAGUACCUCAACCCAAGUGGUCGUGCCUCAAGCAUUCCUCCAACCCCGGAUCUCAUCCACAACAGAUCAAGCACCUCGAUGUCGAUCGCGAGCACAACCACCACCCCAGAACGGAGCAGCCAACAAUACAACAUUGGAACUGACAUCCCCACUAAGAUCGUCGAAGACAGCGACGAGGAAGGCCGAAGCGAGAACGAGGCCAUAAACAACAACGAUGUCAUCACCAAGGGCGGCAUGAUCUCGAGACCGGCUGGUGCUCGACUCAGCGCUUUGGGUGGUCACUAAACAUUGUCACAUUUUGAAAAUUUACUAGCGUUUGUAUUUCUGUGAGAACAGUAUUUGGGCUAUCGGCGUUAGACAUCAGGAGGCACUUUGUGUGUGUUAAUCGCGUUGCUGAAGCUUGCAGCUAUCUAUCUCUCUUUGCG